AUUAAGUGUUAUUAUCUAUGCGAAGGCAAAGUCACGUGUAUUAGGCAUAUGACAUACAUAUACCUACCACAAACUUAUGCAAACCAAUAUAUACUUAUUUACAAUGAUACACCAGAUAAUAUUAUGGUAUAUACAUACAUAUUUACAAAUAAUGUAGCAAGUGCGAUCCAACGUAAUCAGUAUGAUCAGUAGCCGUCAGUCGGCGCGUAUGUUCCGCGCACCGUCGUGUUUGUUAACGGUGCGUUUCAAGAUAUCUGGCAAAUUUUAAAUAAAAAUGUAAAAAACUGUCCAUAACUUGUUGCAUUUUAAUAUACCACGUUAAAAUCAGAUUAAAAAUGUAUGCGGAUAGGUGUUAGUUUGUCUAUUCUUUGUUGUUGAUACGGUAUUGUUACCAUUUGAUGUUUAACAAAUUAAUGGUAUUUUCAAUAUCAAUUAAAAAUGUCGGACAUCGAAGAAGACGAAUUUCAAGAUGCUCAAGAGUCUAUCCCACAACCAACUACCAUGGAUUUAGAUACGGCAAUAAUGGAAGCAAAAAAAGCUAUACAUUAUUUUUUUAAUAACGAUUUUGAAGAAGCACGGAAAAUUAUGGAGCCCUGGGCAAGCAGUAGCGUAUAUCAUUCUUUAGGAACAAGCGUAUUCGCCUUUCUUGAAGCCAUUUUUACAUACGAACAAAAACAGAUUGAAAAGGCAGUUGCGGCUGUAAAACAGUGCAUGAGUGUAUGCAUGAAACAACGCAAACAUGCAACACUAACAGAAAAUAUAGGCAAAAUGGUCAAGAAGACUAAUUAUGAUACUUAUACGAUUGAGGAAGUGCAUGCGGAACUAUGUUAUGCCGAAUCACUCCUUUUAAAAUCGAUGCUCACGUUUGUGGAGGACGAGACUUUGGUCAGCUUUGUCAAGGCUGGAUUGAAAAUUCGUACCUGCUUUCUGUCGUAUAAAGAAUGUUUAACAAUACUGAAUAGUCGAAAGUGGGAAAACGAUGUUCACAAAAUACAUUUCGAGAGUGGUGUUCGUACGGGAAUUGGUGCAUUUAAUUUGAUGAUCUCUUUAUUACCAGCAAAAAUUAUUAAACUUCUGGAAUUUAUUGGAUUUUCGGGCGAUAAAGAAUAUGGCUUAUCAGAAUUAGAAGCGGGAUACAAGGAAAGAAGGGGAUUACGACAUGUGCUAUGCGCAAUGAUUCUUUUAGCUUACAAUUUAAUAGCAUCUUUCGUCUUAAGCCAUACAGACGGUGAUUUAGACUUGUGCGAAAAAGUUUUAGAAGAAGAAUUAAAUUUGUAUCCAAACGGUUUGUGGUUUUUAUUUUUCAAAGGAAGGCUUGAAUUAACCAGAGGGAAUUUCGAGAAUUCUUUAGAAUGGUAUACAAAAUCUUGGAAAAGUCAAGACCAGUGGCCUCAGUUUCAUCAUAUUUGUUUUUGGGAAUUAAUGUGGGCACACUGUGGGUUACAGCAAUGGAAACAAGCUGCAACAUUCGCUAGUACAUUGGCCAAGGAAUCGAAUUGGUCGCGUACUAUUUACUUAUAUCAAAAAGCUGCAAUUCUUAUCAUGCAGAAACCGCCAACACAAAGCGAAGAAAGACAGACGAUAGAUAGUUUAAUGAUGAAGGUACCAACGUACAAGCAACGAAUCGCUGGAAAAUCAUUGCCCAUGGAAAAAUUCGUUAUAAAAAAGGCUGAACGUUAUUUUGCCCAAAAAAAAAAUCUAGUCCUUCCUGUAUUUGAACUUAUGUAUAUGUGGAAUUUGUUCCGAAUGAUUGGAAAACGCCAAGAUUUAAUGCUAAAUAUAUUUAAAGUAAUAGAAGAUGCAGAGAAGGAGUUGAAAAAAGUUACAAAAACCGAAUAUCAUGCCGACAACGAAGCACUUAUAUUGCUUUUAAAAGGUGCCUGUUUACGACAAAUGAAGCACCCUUUGUUGGCCGAAGAUUGUUUGAGACGCGUUUUCGAGUUGGAUAAAUCGAUUAGGGAAGAUACUUAUUUACUUCCUUAUGCUACGGUAGAAUUAGCUUUGGUAGCCCAAGAUCAAGGAAACAUGCAACUUGCUAUUAGUUUCCUAGAGGAUGCUAAAAAGAACUUUACCGGGUAUAUGUUAGAGUCUAGAUUACAUUUCAAAAUUCAUUCCGAUUUGAUGAGACUAACAGGAAAGAAAGCAGAAGAUAUUUUAGUAUAAUGAUACUUGGAAAUCGUAAUUUCCGUAAGAAAGACUCGUUACUGCCAAUAGUGUCACUAUUGCGGCUUCAAGCACAGUUUUAUUUAACGAUUUGUUUUCACACGACAAACCGAUGGAUACUUUUUUAAUUUCAAAACAUCUUUGCCGACUUUUACGGGAGAAUCAGUAUCUUAUUUUAUUACCGUUUGUUAUCUUUAAUUAAUUUUGUUGCUUAGUGUAUUUUUUACAACUAGUUCAGAAGGAUUAGACAAAGGUUAAGGGGUUAAAUUAUUUGUUUAUAUUAAAUUAUUUGUUUAUUUUAAAUUAUUUUUGUUAUAGAAUAUAUUGAGGUAUCUUUAAGGGCAGAUAAAAUACCAAUUUAAUUGGUACUAGUAAAAUUAUCAGUGUCAUCCGCGUGUAUAGAUACAUAUAUGCACUCGUUGACACAGGUUAUAGGAGUGAUGUUUAAUAAACUAUAAAUUAAAUAAUACCUAUAAGUAAGAGGUAAAAUCGAAAUAAUAAAGCGGUUUAUUGUUAAUUGAAUUUGUCGCACUCGAAGCUGACUGGUAAUUUUGCUUUGCGCAUUUUUUUUUAUUUGACGCUUUACAGGUUGACGAAUGAGUACAUUCCUAUUAAAAGAAAGAAAAACAAAAAAUUCACUUUUUAUAAAUUUUUUUUAUUUUUUUAUACUAUUUUUCAAGAUUACACGUUGUCGUUCUUAUAUUACUUGUGUUGUUGUUAUGUCAAAUCUUCAGUAUUUUCUUUAAGUAUUUGUACAUGCUUAUACAUAUAUGUACUAAUUGGAUUAAUAAUGGCGUGUAGAAUUCUAUUUCUAUCUUACACAGGGUGGACCAGUAAUUAUUAGUAUUUAAAUUAUUUUCGAGGCUAUAAACGAUACAGAAAGCAAGUGUUAUAAAUAAAA